UGAUUAAAAGUGGCAGCUCUGCAGUAGUUACUUCUGGCAACUCUGUGUCAUCUGUGGAUUGGAUUCGGUUUUUUUGUUUUUAUUUAUUUUUGGCAUGGACUCGGCGGAAUCUCCCACCAAAACGCAAGCCGGCGAGGAUGAGAACUACAGUCUGCUAUGCCAGGCACACGAACAGUUUAAUAAUUCGGAGUUCGAUCGCUGCCUGGAGUUGCUCUUGGAGCUGGAGACGCGUGGCGAGAGCAGUGGUCCCGUCCUGCGGCACAAUCGGGCGGUGGUCAGCUACCACAAAACUGGGUGCACCCAACACUCCGUCCUGCUCAAAGAACUAGAGUCCCUUACCGCCGAUGCAGAUACUCCAGGGGAGGCAUCCAGCGCAUUGAGCCUAAAGCAAGGAGCCGCAGCCGCCACGGUGGCCCGGUACAACCGGGCGGUCAUCUACUAUCACCGCCAUAUGUUCGGGACGGCGCUGGAAAAACUUGCACCCCUGGUGGCUCGUCUGGAGGCCCUGGAGAAAGCCAUGGCGGCGCUAGUUGCAACUCUGCAGCUCCAGCUGCUUCUUGCCACUAAUCAGCUUAACCGUGCCGAGGCCUUUCUGGACUAUUUGCAGUACAAGCUCAACUUGGUGGCCACUGCGCCUAGCAGCAAUCCCGCCGAGGACCAGGCUGCCGUCGCCUCUGUUUCUCCGCCAGCAGCCACGACCAGUUCUUUGGUGGCUACGCCAGGAGGGGCAGCUGUUGAGGGGGCAGUGCCUGGUCUGGGCGGCAGCCUGCAGCUUUUACAGCUAAUAACGCUCGUGCUGAACCGCAAGCCGGUGGUAAUUCAGGAAGACGGGUCGCCGGAGUACGCUGCACUAAAGGCACAGCAGUACUACAUAAUGAAGGACUUCCAGAUGGCGGCAAAACAACUGAUGCGCAUCAAUAACGAUUGCACCCAGGCGGGCACUGUAACGCCACAACUGAGCACUUGCAUCGCCAACAACAUGGGAGUAAUUCAUUUGAGAGUGCGUCACUAUGCCAUCGCCGCCAAAUUCUUUCAGAACGCGCUCAAUUUCGAUCAGCAGCUGGCAAAGAAUCUGCGCCAAAGUGCGCUGCAAACAAUGAGCUCGGCACGAUCCUGCGAGAUCCUCUACAACCUGGGUGUGGCAAUGCUGCACUUGCGCCGCCCAAAGGAGGCCUUUCAGUGCUUCCUGGUACCCGUAAAGCAAUUCCACAGCAAUCCGCGUCUCUGGCUUCGGAUGGCUGAGGCCUGCAUAAUGGAGCAUGAGGCGAAAAUAAUAGAGGAGGACCGACAAUCGCAGGCAGGAGCAUCGUCGACAAGCAAGCCAUAUGCUCCCCAGUCUGCGGGAGUACCAGAACCCACCCUUGAGUUCGCUACCUUAUGUCUGCGAAGCGCUCUGACUCUUACGCAGCACUACAAAACGAAAUUUCACAUGGUGGCGGUGUCCUCGGAGGAUGUGGAGUCACCCGAACCCAAGGACCCAACUCAGGAAUCUUGGCGUCAUCCGCAGGAUAAUAACUUUUGCAAUCCCUCAAAACCGGUCAGUCUGGAGUCUUUGGAAAACAUGAUGGCUGCCAUAUAUGCGGCGCACAGCUUCAUUUCCCUUCGCCUUGGCGACCACGUUACCGCUCUUGAGAUGGCGGAGCAGCUGCUGGCCUGUGAACGUCUCUCCGAUGCACACAGAUUGCUUGGUCACAUGUAUGCUGGCGAGGCUUUGAUGCUGAUGGAUAAGGCAGCCGAAGCACGCGACCAUUUAGACCCUACAUUUGUUGGCACAUUGAAUGCUUUCGAUUUUGAGACGCGGGACUGGCAACUAAAGUCAGUGGAUGCCGCCCAGAACGUUGUGCGUUAUAAUCUGGCCGUAGCCAUGGCCCUACAAAACGAACUGCCUCAAGCGAAAGCUCUUCUGUCCAACUUAAACCAUGCGUUGGUGGGCAGCAAGGCUCUGGCUUUGCGACGCUUCAUUGACCUAAAGAUGGCGGGCGGGACGCCCAGUUAGAAAAACAAAUUUUGUAAAUAACUAGACGGAAUUAAAGUACGAGAUCGGAAUGAUGAAAAAAUUCA